AUGUUGGACGUCCGGGACCGCGUCGCCGACUUCGGGGACGACGAGCCCGAGUGGCGCAGGGCCGCCCGCCGUGCCCAGGAGCGCCGGCGCGGCUCGGUCUGCCCCCCGCCGCUGCAGCUGCUGGUGGCGGAGACGGUGGCCUUCGACGAGGGGCUGCCGCGAUCCCUCUUCUAUUCGGACCGCGGCGGCUACAUACGGGCCACGCGCAGGGGCUUCCGAGACGAGACCGGGGAGCUGCUGGAGGCGCUGGUGUCCCUGGCGCGCGAGCGCCGCCGGGCGGAGCAGGGCGCCUACCGCAGGGCCGAGAGAGCGCAGGCCGCCGCUGCCGAGAGCGACGAGCGGGCCCGGGAGGCCGAGGCCGCGGUGCGGAGCGCCGAGGCGGAGCACGGCGACCACCCCUGCGUGGCCACCGCGCUGCGGGCGCUGGCGGGCGCAAAGGGCAGGCGGAGGCUGUUCCACGAGCAGGCGCAGCUCCUCGAGCGUGCCGUGGGCAUCUGGCAGCGCCUUCUGGACGAGGGGAUCGCCGACCUCGGCCCCGUCGGCGAGGCCCCUCCCGACGGCUGCUCUGGGCAGCUCAGCCGGAGGAAGCGCCCCAGUGCGCUGCAGGCGGCGCACCCUAGCAGUAGCGAGCUCGCCCAGGACCUCUUCCAGGCGCUGGUGGAGCUGAGCGAGGCCCGCGCUGAGCUCGGCCAGCAGGAGCAGCGGGUGUUCGCGCUCGAGCGGGCCCUCGGGGUGUCUCGCGGCGCCCACGCCCACUGCAGCGACCUCGAGGUGGCCCGCGUCUCUGUCCGCCUCGCGGCCGCCAUUGAGGCGCGCGGCUGGCACGAGGCCGGCGAGCAGCUCCGGCUGCUGUCGGAGGCGCUGCCGGUGCUCGAGCGGGAGUUGGGCGAGGAGAGCGUCGAGCUCGCGGAGGCGCUGGCCGCGCUGGCGGCAGCCCGCGGCGCCGUGGGUGAGCCCGAGAAGCAGGUGGAGCUGCUGCAGCGCGUGCUCAGGAUCCGCGAGCAGGUCAACGGCAAGGAGCACCCAGACCUCGUCGAGCUGCUAGUGAGUCUCGGGAUGUGCCUCGGGAAGCAGGACAGCUUCCGCCUCCAGUCGCAGCACUAUGGGCGGGCCCUGCGCAUCCGGCGCCGCGCGGACGCGGAGGCCGACCGCGCGAUCGCCGGAGGUGCGGCCCCAGGAGACGGCAGCUGCCCCGCAUCCCCGGCCCCGACCUCGGCCCGCCGCUGCCGGGGCCCCAGCGCGGAGAGCCCAGGGCCCGCGGCCGGCACGUCCGCGCGGGUUUCGGGGCCGCUGGUGCCACCACCGCUGCCCUCGCCGAGGCCGCGCAACCCAGCCCUGGCACCGUCGCCCCUGGCGAGGAGGGACACGGCCAAGGGGACGAUGGCAGUGCAGAAGGUGUCCAGCACGCGGAAGAUGGGUGUCUGGAGGCUGGCCUUGCGAGCCGGCCCGGAGAAGCGACUGUCCGACCAGUGCGUGGUGGACAAGUUCAUCAAGUACGCCAGCGGCAGCAAGAAUUGUUGGCCCGGCGGCGCCGACUUCCUCCAGAUGCAGUUCUGGAAGGUCGGCAACACCGAGGCGGGACAGCCGGGGCCCCUGGUCUACCGGUACGACAGCUUGAGGGCCAGGGCCGAGCCCGACGGCGAGGCGCUGCAGCGGAAUGUGCGGAACCACUUCGAGCGGUUCCAGUUCCUCGGCGACGAGGCCGACCGCGCCCUCGUGUCCGCCGUUCCAGGGCUCAUCUCGCAGCACCUGAGCUGGAUUGCGGGGUUGCAGGUCGUCUCCGGCGAGUUCGAGUUCGCGCGCGACUGCCAUGGCCGGCUCUGGCUCGCCGACGUCCGCGAGCUCUUCGUCGCCGCCAGCGCAGCGGCGCAGCAGGAGGGCCUCACGGGCGGCGGGGGGACCGCAGGCGUCGGGAACUCGAGGAAGAUAUACAGGUACCUCUCGCAGGAGGCCCUCCAGCACAUGCAGCAGGGGAUACGCGACGAGAGCGUCCAACAGAAGAUCGGACACAUGACGUGCCUGAUGACGCAGCAUUACACGAAGCUGAAGCACGAGAACGGGUUGAACGAGGUUGUCGGCAGGGCAGAGGACGAGGUUCGUGAGCUCGUCAUCCCCGUCUUCGAGGGUACGGACCGCCGGGCCUUGGCGCGUGCGUUUGGUGCCGCGCCCGCAAGCCACCCGCCCGCUUCCCCGCGGACCCGCGCUGGCAGCGCGGCCGGGCCGCGCCCUGGCCGUGCCGAGCGCGCCUGCUCUGCCCGUGCCACGCUUCGCAGGAGUGGGGGCGGCGGUGGCCGUCUCUUCGCCGCUGGCGCCGCCCCGGUGGUGGCCGCGCCGCGCCCCGCCAGCGGCGCCCGUGCCGUGGCACGCGGACAGCCCGCCACAGUGAAGGCGCCAGCCGCUGCCCCCGCGGCGGCCUCGGCGCACUCGCAGGGCGAUUCCUCGAGGGCGCCGGCCUCGGCGUCAGGCGGAGCACCUGAUGGCGCUGCGCCGCCAAUGGUGCACGGGGUGGCGUUGCCGGAGGCGUGGCGAGGGCGCACAGAGCUCCUCGCGCCGACCCCGCGGCGCGCGAGCGCGGGGCGGCAGAGGCUCUCGGCGGCGGGGGCCGCGGCCGCGGCGAGGCCUGGCUCGCCCCCGCAGGCGGCCGCCCCGGAGCCCACCAUUCACCUCGCCGAGUCCAGCCUCGUGCAGGCGCUCCUCGCCUGCAGCGGCUCGGGCGCCGCGCCGCAGAGCCAGACGCUGGACCGCAUCGGCCCCGCGCGGCUGCGGCGCGCUGGGGACGGCAUCAGGGAGCGGACCCGCACAGGGCACGCUGCAGGCUACCGGGAGGUCAAGGUGCCCGACAGCGGCGGGUUCAAGGCCGGGCUCUCCGCGACAGUCGGCACGGACAUCGCGAUCGCGGCGGCGGCGUACGCGUAG